UGUGUACCUAUCUGAUUUCCACGAAAACAACCCUCAUCACUCUUUCAUUAUUUUUUCUCACGUCCAGAGGCUUUUGAACUCUCUUGUUUUUCUAUUCGAUUGAGACACCCACGAACAAUCAGUUCGUUCCAAUUAGCUCUUUCUUAAUUUAGCAUCUUCAAUUCCAAAGAUUUUAGUUCUUAUUCGAGAGAAAAAUAGAAGUUCCAUAGUUCAUACUUCAUUUCCUUUCCGGCUCAUCUCUUUUAAUCGGCAAUUGGGCAACGGUCGAAGUGUUUCUGUCAAGCAAGCUAAAGGACCGAAACAGAGGUAGGAUUAUCCUGUGAGCGAGUUGGUCAGUCCCGUUCGAGUAGCUAUCGAGAUACGGGGGCUAUCUUUCUUCAAGGCCAGUCUGGCUAUCGGAAUUUGAGAGUAUGCCCUUCAAGAAUUUGGCAUAAGAUGGAAUCUCCGCUAUCGCUUCGGCAAAUGGAAUGUUGAUGCUCAAUUUAGUAAAAAUAUCAAUGAAUUUUCUAUAUUGAGCCCCAUCAUUCUUUUUCUUCAAUCUUUGAGGAUAUGGAAUGGGAGGAACAUAGUUAGCCAUAUUGGAUGGUAGCAUCAUACGUUCUUCGAAUUUAAUAUUUGUUAUAUUUUUAAGAUGGAACGUGGUAGAGCUUCAGUAGAUAUGGGUAACCUCCGCCGCAACCGAACAAAGGAGAUUGCGAGGAAUCAUCCAAGCUUGCACAAAGGUAAGGGACGGGCCGGGGCUUCAUCUCAAACCCGAGAUGAUUUUGAUGCGGAUUAUAACCAAAGAUAUGGGUCUGCGAUGUCCGAUGAGCAAGUAGAACAACUAUUACGACAAAAUCAAGGGGCCUUCUUCCAUCAACAAAACAUCCCGACCAUUGACGAAGAAGAGCUCGAGGAUGAUGAUGCAGAGGAGAGGGAUCCGCAAACGGUCGAGCACGAGGUUCAUGGCACACCGUACGAUGAUGAAGAGCAAGCGGAAGUGGCUACUUCUUCCCAAGGCGGUGAGAAAGCUGAAUCAGUCUUUAAGGCAAAUUUUACAAAAUUUAAAGACCCCCAAACCGAGAUAUGGUACGCCACUUGCAAGCAUUGCCCAAAGAAGUGUAACUUGGGAACUUCUGGAGGGUACGGGAGCGCCACAAGGCAUCUUAAGGCCAAGCACCCGGCGGAAUAUGCGAAAUCAGACAAAGGCAAGGGAAAGCAAACACAAAUUUCAAGAUUUGGAAGUGGCCAACCCUUCGGUAAUUUCUCCUAUGAUGAUCAAAGACAUCUAGGCUCUUGAAAGUCUAAAGUUCGGUGAUCCGGUUUGAUGAGUGAAAGCAUUUGACCAAUACUAGUAAUUCUUAGGAAGAGAUAUUUGCGCUCUUGAUAUCACGGUUUACUUCAAUACAAUAUUCACACUAAAUAUUGACUUAAAUAAUUCGUGAUAUCAAAGCCGCAAACAUAUUAUCCUAAUCAGUUUUUAAAUUCUUAAAUAUUGACUUGAAUAAUCUGCGAUAUCAAAUCCUCAAACAUAUUUUCCUAACUAGUUUUGUAAUAUUCUCUAUUUACAUUUAACAAAUUUAUAACAUAAGUAGUGGUCAACUGGUCACUCGAACUAGGGGCGGGCAUACGGUUUUCGGUCCAGUUUUUAUCGGUUCCGGUUCGAUUCGGUUUGGAACGGGUUCGAAAAAUUGUUACCAAACAAAAGCCAUACUAUUUUUUAGUAUGAUUUGAUUCGGUUUGGAUUUGUUAUUUUUUAAUAAUAUUUAGAGGUUUUUUUGAAUUUCCUUACUUCGGUUCACUUUUGUUUGUUUUUUAUUGGUUUCGUUCUGUUCGGUUUAAUAUGGUUUGGAAGAAAUUGUACCAAACUCAAACCAAAUUGCAUAAGGUCUGAUUUUGGUUCGAUUUAGUUCGGUUCGGUACGGUUACUGAUAUGCCCACUCCUAACUCAAACAAUUUAUUAUCAUUCGUUCAUUUUCAUUUUAACAUAAACCGCAACAAAUAUAUCCUAUAUUCAUCUAGAUACAUCCAGCAACAUUUUAACAAUUUAAAAUCAUUCGCGAUCAUGCAUGUUCAUUCGGUAGUCAAAUAUAUGGGCGGGCAAGAAUCCCGGUCCCGUUGUCCCAUUCCGGUAUAUCCCGAAACCGUACCGGUGUUGUCCCGUUCCGUUUGGGUCUCAUUGAUUUUGUCCCGCACCGGUUCCGCACGGGUUUAAAACGGAACGGGACCGGGACAUUGGAAGGUUAUCCCGAACCGUCCCGUUGUCCCGUUUGUAAUAACUAUAUAGAUUUUG